AUGGUGCAGUAUGUGUUUACGCCUUGGCGGGACCGCCACGAGUUGCUCCUUGUGCGGGAGCAAUUCUAUGGCUCCGAGGCGUUGAUGCAGGCUGUUGGGCAUAUCCAGGGCGAGGAGGGGCAGGACUUGAAUCAGGGGGAUGCACGGCGCACUACCGCUACGGCUGCGGCUAAGAAUCACCAGACAUCACGAGAGCAGGGAGACGGAGAGAAGCACAAGGCCGUGGGGCGAGUCUCCAUGUGGAUGCAGCGCGGCAACUGUCCGCACAUGGUGGAGUCGACGGCAUUGCUCAUGGCUGCAGUCCUGAGUGACGAGGCCGCGGCCACGGGGAAUGCAGGAGCAUCGACGUAUGCUGUGAGGGCUGCAUAUGCAGCUGCGUUUAGUCGCUUCGUCACUGGCUUGUUGGAUGGGCAUCAAGACAAGCUGCGCAAGCAGAGCAUGUACUCAAUCGCCAAGAACAUUGGCUUGCCGGCUACCUUUGUUGAGCUUAGGCAUCAGGCCACGCAUGAGCAGCUGCCAUCCCUUGCCAAACUGCGAUCCGCCGCAAAGAAAGCCCUCGCCUGGAUUUGGGACUACUACUGGAAGCACCUGGGGGAGGCAGAAAAGGCCAAGGAUCCAUGCAAGGAGCUGUGCUUGAAACUGUCAAAAGAUAUGGCGGCCAUGGCCACCGAGGAGGCGAACCGUCCGGAGCCGGAGGGGAGUAGGAUGCCGGAGGAACAGGAACAGGAUGAGGAACAAGAGCAGGAUCUGGACCUGGAUCGGGACCGAAGCCCGGAGCCGAACACGGGAUGGUCCCGUUAUAGCGGUGCUUGGAAACCGAAACCUAUUGGUGUAGCGUGA